CAUUUUUAGGAAGCUGGAAACUUAUUUCUAGUGAAAACUUUGAGAGCUAUAUGAAAGAAUUGGGGGUGGGUUUUGCUACUAGGAAACUUGGCAGCCUGGCCAAGCCUAGUGUGGUCAUCAGCAUCAAUGGGGAUAUAAUAACCAUCAAAACAGAGAGUACCUUUAAAACAGAGAUCUCCUUCAAGCUGGGGGAAGAGUUUGAGGAAACCACAGCAGACAACAGGAAAACCAUGAGCACUGUAACCUUGGAUGAUGGCUCUCUGACUCAGGUGCAGAAGUGGGAUGGCAAACAGACCACAAUAAAGAGAGCGCUGGUGGAUGGGAAGAUGGUUGUGGAAUGCACCAUGAACAAUGUCACCUGCACUAGAGUCUGAGAGGGCCUGAGGCAUUCCCAUCUCCACACCGGGUCAGAACUUGCU